AUGAAAAGCCCAGGAGACAAUAAUCACUCUGUCCUUGUGAGUGAAUUCAUUCUUCUUGGAUUCCCUUGUUCCUGGGAGAUUCAGAUCCUCCUCUUCUCAUUCUUCUCCGUCAUCUAUGGUCUGACACUGACUGGAAACCUGUGCAUUAUCUGUGCUGUGAUAUGGGACCACCGACUCCAAACGCCAAUGUACAUCCUGCUGGCCAAUUUUUCAUUCCUAGAGAUCUGGUAUGUCACUUCCACGGUCCCUAAAAUGCUAGCUAAUUUUCUCUCUGAGAUCAGCACCAUCUCCUUCUCCGGCUGUUUCAUCCAAUUCUACUUCUUCUUCUCCAUGGGCACCACCGAGACCUUCUUCUUGUCUGCCAUGGCCUUUGAUAGGUACCUGGCCAUCUGCAGGCCCCUGCACUACCCCACUAUCAUGACAGUUCAGCGCUGCAUCAGAAUGGGAGCUGGCUGCUGGGUUUCUGGCUUCUCAUGUUUUCUCCUCCCAGUUUAUCUUGUCUCCCAGCUGCCUUUUUGUGGCCCCAAUACCAUUGAUCACUUUCUUUGUGACCCAGGACCUCUUAUAAAACUGUCCUGUGUGCCAGCUCCUGGCACUGAGAUCACCUGUGCCAUCUUUAACUCAGUCCUCAUCUUCUCUACCUUCCUCUUCAUCACCAGCUCCUACACCCUGGUGAUCAGGGCUGUGCUGAAGGUCCCCUCAGCAGAAGGCCGGCACAAGGCCUUCUCCACAUGUGGCUCCCACCUAGCCGUGGUGUCCCUGUUCUUUGGCUCCAUCAUGGUGAUGUAUGUGAGCCCAUCAGCAGGCAACCCAGCAGGGAUCCAGAAAAUUGUGACUUUAUUUUAUUCUGUGAUGACUCCAUUUUUCAAUCCCUUGAUCUACAGCCUCCGGAAUAAAGAGAUGAAAGAAGCCCUGAGAAAACUGUUUAGGAUUGGAGUAGGACAAUCUCUCAAGAAUUAG